UCUUGUUUAGAAACGUCUUGAGUUGUCUUGACAUGAUUCAUAAACCGAUCUUCUACGAAAUAAGAACAGACUUAAGACUAUCUUAUUAGUCAUGAAUUCAUAGUCGUUAUAAGACAUCUUAUAUGACGUAUGUACAGUUAAACAAGACGAUCUUCGUCAAGUCGUGGUCAAAGUAGACUUAAGCAAAGUUGUAAGCCUAUCAAUAAAACAGUAAAAUGUCAUCAAGGAGCUGAAGAAUCGUAAAGGAGCUAUCAAGAAAUACAUCGUCUCGAUUAUAAGGCCGACAGCGAGAAAUUUGCUCCCUUCAUCAAGAAAUACCUAAGGACGGCUGUCACGUUUGGUACAGGCCAAAAGGAAGGAUGCAUCGAGUUCGUUCAAAUUCUCGAUCAUCUUGGUAGCAGCUACUAAGAUUGCGAAAGCAGCAAAAAAAUUAUUUUCUGAUUCCUUCUGAUAACAAAUUGUGUAAAAAAAGGAAUACAUUUGUAUUUAAUAAUGGAUUUAGCAAAUUUAGAAAUCCAAGAUAUUAAUUUUUUUAAUGAAGAAGAAGGAGAUGAAGAAAUGGUACUUCGUGCACCAAAACGGUAUCUUCGUGAUAAACAAAAUCCGUUCGAAUUUUUUAAUGAACGAGAAUUUAAGAAAAGAUUUCGAUUUUCAAAAGAUUCCGUAAUGUUUGGUAUUUUACCAUUAAUAGAGGAAGGAUUAGCAAAAAUUAACAAUCGCGGUUUGCCAAUCUCUCCGGUUUUACAAUUAUUGAUAUGUUUAAGAUUUUACGCAACAGCAAGCUUUCAGCUCGUUGUAGGUGAUGUAAUACAAUUUCACAGUCUACAAUAUCACGAAUUAUAUUUCAAGUUUCUAGUUUAAUAGCAAGUAACAUGAAAACAUAUAUAAAAAUGCCAACAUCUGAUC